UGCCCUGCUAAGCGCAAAAGCGGUAUCUCAAAAAAAAUCGUAAAAUUGAUUUUUAUGCCAUCGGAUAGCUUUAAAAAAUACGCAUCUACUGGACUAAGCCAUUUAGCACUAUCUUGUUCAAAACGUAUGAAAAAACCUUAAGAAAGAUUUUUCUAUCUCAGUUUUACCAUAUAUCACUAAGGGUGUUAGAGGUAUAUUAAUAUUACGUAGGCAACCAGCCGCAAAUUUAAAUAUCGCUAAAAUUCUUAAAUAAAUACACAACUUUUGCUUAGCCGAUAAGCGGUAAGUAGGAUGAGUAAAAUCAGUAAUGAGUUACCGCUAUAAUGCUUAGUAUUUUAAUGCUUGCAUAAUACGCAAACUGUUUUGAAUUAGUGAGAUACGGUUGCAAUAGCAAAAUUAAAUUAGCCCUUAUGGUUUUACUGGAUAAGAUCGAAUUUCUAAUACAUUUUACAGUGAUUUAUCCCUGCCCUUGGCAAAUUCGUUCGCAAAUUCGUGUCAUAACUUGUUUGUUUUUGUUGUGAAGAGGUCAUGAUAUUUGUGCAAAAUUGAGAAAAAAACUGUAAAUUAAGGUGCUUAAUGGGGUCACUUCAUACAUUGACAUUCAGAUAAACCAUGUCGCAAAGAAAUACGAAAAUGAUGAUGCUUUUAGCACAAAAAAAUAAGGCGUUGAGGGAAAAGUUUAAGGAAUCCAAACAAUUACAACGUAAUAUUAAAACGAUCGAUCCCGACUUUUUUCCUACUAGUGAUUCAGAUGAUGAUCCCGCAUUUUCAAGAUUCAACAGUGCUGAUCAAUUACUAGCUCCGAUUCUUCCUUCCUCAAAUGGUUUCGACUUUGAAGAUUCACAUUUUUUAUCGGGUCCGUGUACAUCAAACGUUGAUUAUUUCGCUAUGCAUCAGGAUGAUCAAAACACAGAAAUCGGGAAUAACAACAAAUCCCCUAACUCGUUGAUCACAUUGACAACUGUGCCAAUUAUUGAACAUAAUGAUUUAAGUGACAUAUCAUCGCCAGGCUUUUGUUUUAAUACACACAACAUACACAAUGUUUUUAAUUGCGGUAAUCCAGAACCUUUGAUCACAGAUACUAUUGAAGAUCAACAAAGAUCCUGUAUUUUUCAAGAUGAUACAGAAAAAAUAUUGAUAACUGCUUCCGAUAAUACUAUUUGCACUUCUGAAUCUCUUAGGAAUAAUUCAAAUGUGAUAAGUGUUCAAUACGAAAAAUCUGUUGAGAAUUCAUCUCAAGGACACGAAGUGACACCAAAUGAUAAUCUUAGGGACACCGAGAAUCUGACACAAAACGAGAUAGCUGAUGGAAAUACACAUAAUCUUACAACUUAUACUAAGGCCGGUACAAUUAGGAAAAGAAAAAAACACGACCAACCUCUCAAAGUCAGAAAUGAAGUGAAAAAAAGUGAGAUUAGAGAGAAACAUAACGUUAAACCACCCUGUCCUGCUUCAUGCAAAAAGCAGUGUAUCCAAAAUAUAUCGGAAGAGCAGCGAAAAAUUAUAAAUGAGAGCUUCUGGAGUUUGAAUGACAAAGAGAGGAAGGCUUAUAUGCUGCAUCACACCUCAGCUAAAUCUGUGAAACAAAGAACAGUAACAAGAUUUGAAUCAGAGGAGUACAGAAAAAAAGUAAGCUACAGUUAUUCACUUAAGGACGUGCUCGGUACAAAGUAUGGAGUAUGUAAAACCUUCUUUUUGACAACUUUGGGCUACAAAUCAUCUAAUGACAAACCUUUACAUACGGCUUUGGCCAAUUCUAACGACACGGUUGCACCACCAGUAGACAAAAGACUGGGAGCUACUCCUCACAAUAAAAUUGAAUCUACUCCUAUUAAGGAACAUAUAAUGAGCUUUGAGCCGAGUAUAUCUCAUUACAGGCGUGAACACGCUCCCAAUCGCUUAUACUUGCCCAGUGAUUUGACAAUCAGUGCGAUGCAUAAAGACUUUUUAGAAAAAAAUCCGUCUUGCAAAGUAUCUUACGAUAAAUAUCGAGAAGUAGUCGCAGAAUUAAAUAUUUCUUUUGUAAAGCUUGGCCACGAAGAGUGUGAGGACUGUGAAGAGUUCCGUUUACACGAUGAUACACAUACCAAAGAAAACCUUAAAGAAGACUGUCUAGGUUGCACGAAGUGGAAAAGUCAUAACAAACGGGCAUACAUGUCCAGAGAGCAGUAUAAAUUAGACAGUGAGCUAAAUGAAACUGAUACUGUUGUAUAUUCUGCUGAUUUACAAAAAGUUAUCAUGCUGCCCAGGAUAGACAUGUUCAAAACUGCUAUUUUUACUCAUAGGAUAGUGGUUUACAACGAAAGUUUCGUGUCAACUGGUCAAGGCCGAAAAGAUUUGAGUGUUUUUCCUGUACUAUGGUAUGAAGGGUUGUUUGGACGUUCCAAAGCCGAAAUUAUAAGUGCAUACUAUCAAUUUUUUAUUUUUCAUCGGGAUAAAAAAAAUAUCAUACUAUGGGUUGAUAAUUGUUCCUCCCAGAACAAAAACUGGACGUUUUUUUCUUUCUUAAUUUAUAUUAUAAAUUCUAAGGAUAUCAACGCCGACAAGAUUGUCAUCAAAUAUUUUGAAUCCGGCCACACCUUUAUGUCAGCUGAUAGUUUCCAUCAUAGGGUAGAGCUGUCCAUAAAACGCAUGAAAAACAAAAUUUAUGAUUUCGCAGAUUUUUCUCAGGCAGUUAGCACUGCAGGAAAAAAUGUAAAACUUAAAGAGAUGAACAUGCAAGACUUUUAUGACUGGGAUGAUUAUACCACACAAUAUGCACUGUCUCGAAUUAAACCGCGUCCAUAUGUCAGCGAAAUGGUUGAAGUUGAAGUUAAAAGAGGCAGUUUUGAUAUCACCUACAAAACAGGAUUCGAUCAAAAUGCAAUUACUGCUAGCAUUAUAGGAAAAAAAAAUUUUAAAAAGUCAUGUCUUGCCUCCACCAAAAAAGAAAACUGCUCCGGAAGGAAUUUCAAGAAACAAAAAAGAAAAUAUUUUGAAAUCUUUUCAAAAUAUAAUACCACAAAAUAGAAUGUCCUUUUGGAGAGAACUCCCUACUUUUGACUAAUAAAAUUCCUUCCAAAAACCGUUUGUUUUUAAAUAUUUUUUUAUGUAAUUUCAAAUUUUAAUAAUAAAAAAACGUUAUAUAUAUACUUUAAUUGUUUUUUUUUUCAAAUAAUACAUAUUUUAUUCGAUAGAAAAUACAUUCCUUUUUGUAUACACACAUGUUUGAGAAGAGCUAACGAAAAAGCGGUAUCUCAAUUUUAAUUCUAUAGUUUACUAAGCGGUGUAACCGUAUCUCAUGAAUAAAGUACAUUAUUAUACAUUUUUGAUAAUUUAACUAAUGUGAUAACAAAUACACCCUAUAUAAUAUAUAAAUAAUAUUUAACAAAUAAAAAAAACUAUACAUAAAGUAUAUAUAUAACUAUUUUUACAUAACUUCAAUUAUCUCAAAACUCGCUUUCUUUGAGUUACCGCUUUUGCGCUUAGUUGGGC